UACGCUCUUCAUCUCCGAGAAGGUCUUAUAUAAACAAACGAAACUGAGAGCCCAGUUUCAACACAGAUCCAAAAUAAAACCAUCAAUGGCGUCAGAAAACAACGGAUCCACCGCCGCGGAAACGCCGAGGAAGGUAGCACUCGUCACCGGAAUCACCGGCCAAGACGGAUCGUACCUGACGGAGCUCCUCCUCGAGAAAGGCUACGAAGUCCACGGCCUGAUCCGCCGAUCAUCGAACUUCAACACCCAGCGGAUCAACCACAUCUACAUCGACCCGCACAACGCCAACAAAGCCCUCAUGAAGCUCCACUACGCCGACCUCUCCGACGCAUCCUCCCUCCGUCGCUGGCUCGACGUGAUCAAACCCGACGAAGUCUACAACCUCGCCGCGCAGUCUCACGUCGCCGUCUCCUUCGAGAUCCCUGAUUACACCGCCGACGUCGUCGCCACCGGCGCUCUCCGCCUCCUCGAAGCCGUCAGAUCUCACACCGUCGACAGCGGUCGUACCGUCAAGUACUACCAAGCCGGGUCUUCCGAGAUGUUCGGUGCAACUCCACCACCGCAGUCCGAAACGACGCCGUUUCAUCCGAGGUCUCCCUACGCCGCGUCGAAAGUCGCUGCGCAUUGGUACACUGUGAACUACCGUGAGGCUUACGGUCUUUUUGCCUGUAACGGGAUCUUGUUCAACCACGAGUCCCCGCGCCGCGGAGAGAACUUCGUGACGAGGAAGAUAACGAGAGCCUUGGGGAGGAUCAAGGUGGGUUUGCAGAGGAAGCUCUUUCUCGGGAAUCUCCAGGCGUCGAGAGACUGGGGGUUCGCGGGGGAUUAUGUUGAAGCGAUGUGGCUGAUGCUGCAGCAAGAGAAGGCGGAUGAUUACGUUGUGGCCACGGAGGAGUCGCAUACCGUGGAGGAGUUUCUUGAGGUUUCGUUUGGGUACUUGGGGCUGAACUGGAAGGAUCAUGUGGAGAUUGACGAGAGGUACUUCAGGCCUGCUGAAGUUGAUAAUCUUAAAGGAGAUGCUAGCAAGGCUAAGGAGGUGUUGGGGUGGAAGCCCAAAGUUGGGUUUGAGAAGCUGGUGAAGAUGAUGGUUGAUGAAGAUCUUGAGAUUGCUAAGAGGGAGAAGUUGCUUGUUGAUGCUGGUCACAUGGAUGCUCAGCAGCAACCUUGAUUGAGAUCGAAUCUGGUUCUAUAGAGUUUGAAAGUUUCUCUUUUUUUUUAAUAUAUUUUUUUUUUGCUUUGAUGAUUGUUUUUCUUGUCGUUUUGGUUCUAGUUUCUUGUCGUUUUAUAUAAAGCAUAGUGGAUUUUGUAUGAAAAGGACAAAAGGAAGCACAUCCUCGGUUCUUGCAAGUCU